ACGAGGCAGAAAACCUUGAAGAUGGACCCGAUCCAUCAGAUCUGAUUGGAUCUAAUUUAAUCUCGUGAUUGAUUAGAUUGAGAAAUUGUAACUUUGCGGAUUUGGCUGACGUUCUUUUUCCUUCCGAGCAGCCCUUCCGAGUGCAGCAACAGGUCCUUUUCGAGUUGAACAUGAGUUCUGUAGCCGGCCGAGUACUAGUCUAUGGAGGGAAAGGGGCUCUAGGGAGCAAAAUAGUCUCCCAUUUCAAAUCAUGCAACUGGUGGGUCGGCUCAGUGGACAUGAGCCGCAACGAAGAGGCCAAUGCCAAUGUGGUGGUGGCUCCCUGUGAGUCCUGGGCAGACCAGGAAGCCCUGGUGCUGGAUGGGGUGAGGGAUGUCCUGGAGCAGAAGAGGUUGGAUGCCAUCAUCUGCGUGGCAGGUGGUUGGGCAGGUGGCAAUGCCAGUGCCAACGACAUGGUGAAGAACGCAGACUUGAUGUGGAAGCAGAGUGUGUGGACCAGCGCCAUCUCUGCUAGACUGGCGUCUCUCUACUUGAAGGAAGAAGGGCUCCUUACCCUCACGGGAGCCAAGGCAGCCCUAGAGGCCACCCCAGGCAUGAUCGGUUACGGCAUGGCCAAGGCGGCCGUCCACCAGCUGGUCAAGAGUCUGUCGGCCGACAAGAGUGGAACUCCCAAGGACUCUGUGACCUUGGCCAUCUUACCGGUCACCCUGGACACCCCAAUGAACCGCAAGUUCAUGCCCAAGGCAGACUUCGGGUCUUGGACGCCCCUGGAGUUUGUGGCCAGUUUAAUGCUAAAGUGGGCGAGUGGCGAAGAUCGGCCCAAGAGCGGGAGCCUGGUGCAGCUGGUGACCAAAGAUGGCGCCACGGAGCUCAAGGUCGAGUGAAGCUGACUUCCCGAAAAAAAUGCCUACGAGUGUUCUCGGGUACUCUCUCACUGUUUUCCCGCAGUUACGUAUCACUCCUCCUGCCUUCCCCCAUGGUGCUUUUGUUUUUUAUAUUGUUGCGCAAAAAGUAAAGAGUUACUGUUUACUGAACAUGUUCCAGUGUCAGAAACAAGUGGUUAUCCCAGGGGCGAUUGUGUUCCGGUAUUUUACCGGAUUUCCGGUAUUUUCAUCUUGAAUUCCGGUAUCUUCAUCUUCGAAAAUACCGGAACUUCUAUAUUUUCAGGAAAACCCACUUUUGCAAAAUUUAGGGCGAUUGAUGAAAUGCCAAAAGUCCAAAUUGAAGACGUUUUGUUUGGUAUAAAGCUUAAGCUACGGUCAUGGUUUGUAAACUCUAUGGUAAUUAUCGAAGAACAGCUGGGGUGGGGGAUUGAAUAAAGGCUAGAUAAGAAGAAUCCUUGAAAAAUUUUAAGAAAUGAAAAAAAUUAAAAGAAUUUAAUUCUCUCCAUGCACAUGAACGUAUGAAGUUCAAUUAAAACUUCGAGUUUUAGCCCCAACAAAUAAUUAUGUAUGUAAAUUAUUAUAUACGUGUAUGUACACAUUAUAUAUACAUAAUAUAAUGUGUACAUACACGUAAUAUGUAUAUAUAUAUGCCCAUCAAAACACUUUUUCUUCUUGGAAAAAUUAAUCUUUAAUUCUCUCUUCGAGUUUUAGCCCCAACAAACAAUUAUGUAUAUAAAUGAUUUAUAUACAUAAUAUAAUGUGUACAUACACAUAAUGUGUAUAUAUAUAUGCCCAUCAAAACACUUUUUCUUCUUGGGGAAAAAAAAAGUUCAGGUAUUUUUUCAUGGAUUCACAAUCACCCCUGGGUUAUCCAUGAUGACCACUUAUAAAAUCUUGUGUUUGAAUCAAAUCAUAAAUCAAAUUUAAAUUCUAAUCACAUGACAUCGAACACUGUUUUAACCAGGGCAUAUUUUAAGGAAAUUUGACUGUGUGGGCAACUCCAACUUCCUCGGAACGGGGGGGGGGGGGGUGAUUGUAAAUGUGCGGUUUGUGUUAGUUGAAUAAUCGUCAAAAAAGAGUCGGGGUGUGAAAAUUGGAAUCGGGGAAAUUAUUGCUAAUGGUCGUUUUGUUCGAUAGGAAUAGAGUGUAAAGAACAUAAACUCUGUGACUCGGCGUUUAAAAUAGUUCAAACAGUCACUGAGUUUUUGAAUUUUUAAAAUUUCAUUCAUUAUAAUACAACCAUUCAUUUUCAUUUUAAUACAACCAAAUUCAACAACAAAAAAAAAAAAAGGAAAAUGUAGGUGGGCAAUUUUAUUUGAGUGUGGGGCCAAUUUUAUUAUAUUAGUGUGGGGCCAUGACUGUGUGGGCAAUUGCCCAAAAAAAAAAAAAAAAAAAAAAACAUUAAAAUAUUCCCUGGUUUUAACUAUACUGUUUCUAACACUGUUCGUUAGACCCUCUCUGAUCAGAUGAUGUUGAUGAAAUUUUUUUCUAAAUUUCCCUCAUUUUAGUGACAUGUCUCUUACUUUGAGCUCUACAAUCUUUUCAAUUCUUACUUCUAAAGUUUGGUGAUAUACUAAACGUGUCAAAGAAAAAAAAUCUUACUGAUUGUAAUAACAUUUUCUUUUGAAUCUCCACAACUCUUAUUUCUUGAGUCGGGUCGACAAGUCUUUGUUAAUGAAAUAAUCUUACAUUUGAACUGAAAUUUCCUAUUUCUUACACUUUAUAUGAAUAACUUUUUUUUCCUUUUUAAAUGUCCCACGAUAUAUUUAGUGCCAACUUCCCUUUUGAUGUCAGAAACUGCUUCAAUGUUUGAGCUUUAUCUGUGAUAAAUGUUUGAAUAACAGUUUCCUAGCAAUAUUUCUCAAUGUGGUUAAACUUAAAAAAGCCAACUUCUGUUAAAUUUAAUCCUGUUCACCCGAUUUUCAAUGUCCUUUUGACUAAUGUUACCAUUAAAAAAAAAACUUUAAUCAUCGAGCAGGGCCCAAUACAGGCUGAUUUUGCUACCGUUUCUCGGUAGCUUCACAAAAAUCUUGUUUUGAAAUAGGUACUUUCACAAAAAUCAAGUAGUGAAAUCAGUGGCUUCACAAAAACAUCAAAAAUUUCAAAAAUUCACAUUUUAAAAUAUAAAAUUUAUUUCUCUGUUUAAAACAAAAUUUACUCAUAAAAUAACAUUCUAAGCAGGUUUAUAUGAACAAUCGCUUAAAUAGAAACCUUUUUGUGGUAUUUUAACUCAUUUUAGCUGUUUCUCGCCAAAGUGUAUUUAUGCAAUAGUAUCGCAAUCUUUCAACAUCUGUUUUGGGAAACCGUUUUUUCUCAUAAUUUCAUGUAUUAUACACAGUACAGAGCCCAUUAAGCUAAAACUAAUAUGGUAUUUUUGGUACUUCUUAGGUUUUUAGCUCCCCCCCCCCCCAAAAAUGAAACCUGUUAAAAAUAAUACUAGAUGACAUUUACACUUUCGGAACUAAAAUUUCACUUAUUCUACUUCUCUUUUACAAAAAUGAGGAUGCUUCUUUAUAAAAUUUCACAAAAACAGUGCUAAUGAUGAAAAAAACUUUCACAAAUAUAGAAUGAUGCAAUACUUUUACAAAAAUAGGUAGCGAGAAAAAAAUCCUGGAUUGGCCCCUGUCGAGUAUCAUACUUUAUUGAGUUUGAAUAGGAUUUUAACAAUGAGUCAAUUUUGAUAAAAUCAAAAAUCAGGGCAAUAUGUCUACUAGAAUAUUCAUGAACUAUAACUCAUGUCAUUAUCUGUAAAAAAAAUUUCUGAAAUGAUUAGAAACUUUUUAUAACAAUGCUUGUUACUCAGGUAUAAGGUCAAAAAUAAAUGAUCAAAGUAAAUGCAAGAAAUAUUUUUGUAGUUUGAUUGCACAA